AUGUCUGCAACCCAGAAAAUCGCAGUCCACUCCCUUGCCGACCUCAAGAACACGACCGAUGACGCGCUCCCCAACUACCUCAACAGCCUCAAAUUCAAGCAAAUUCACACCCAGACCGAUGUGCGGUUAGUCCUCGGCUACACAGCCGUCACCAUCGCCGGCGCCCUUUUCUACUACGACUGGAAAUUUGGCUGGGAAGCCAGCAAGCCCUAUACCCUACCCGCCGUAGUCGCAUAUUUCCUGUUAAACGGAGCCUUCAGUUAUUGGCUAUGGUUCGUGGAGAAGGGGGUUGUAUAUGAGGGGGAGGGCAAGACAGGCAAGGUGAGGAUAUCCUCGUCGACAAAGAAGCACAUCCCCAUCUACGAAUGCGACGUUGUCUUUACACCCGCCCCUUACAACUCCAAUCCCAAGCAAACGAUCCACAUCCGCGCGCCCAUGACCCGGUGGUUCACCUCGGAUGGCUACUUUGUCGCAAAGCCCUUCCAGCAAUGGCUCGCUUCUGAAGUGCCUGUUGUUGGUGCUGCGGACCCUAAUAAUGUGGUUGAGGAAAUUGGUCGGGGAAGUGCGGGUAUGGACCAGACCAUGAACCUGAACAGCUCCAAUGCCGUGGAUAUCCUGCAACAGCUCAAGGCGAGUGGUGCCAAGUUUGCGAGCGGGGAUGCGCAGAGGAGGAGAUAG